AUGGAACGCGGCAUCAUAACCGGAAGCGACGUCAGUGUUAUUGUGGCGUUGGACAGGCACGUGACGCGUUGGCGAAAUGGCGGCGGCCGAGUGUUCUCCAAAGGUUCUAUUUGAGCUUGAAGGCGUGCUUGUGCGUCCGAGUGGAGAUGAUGAAGACACGGAAGAAGAUUUCCUUGUUUGUGGGUCGCUUCGAAUUGUUGAGAAGGAUGCAGACAUCAUUAUGGAGUUCACGCCUCUGGAGGAUUCUGUGGACCCUUCGCACAUUUUGUGUGCUGCCAAGGACUCCAGCUCAGUCAUGGAGUGGGUCCAGUGCGGCAUCCGGGCUCCGGGAGAGCGAGGCCAGCAGCUGUUGGAGAGCCAGCAGAGCUAUGAGACUGAGUGGGACCUGAUCAACGCCGUGUCCUUCAAGAAGAAGUCCUGCGUUGCUGGAGAGGGUUGCGUGACGGGCGGCCACGAGCGGAGCAGAUGGUCCUUCUCGGUCAGCCUCAGUCAGCUCGCCGCCGUCACCAUACAGGAGGACCGCCGCCACCGCGACGCACCCGCGCUGCUCUUCAUGCUCAAAGGGUCUUCGUCACUGCCUCCUCUGCGCUUCCACCAGGGCGGCAGCAAAGAGCUCCUGGACAGCCUGAGCAGAGUGGCCACGCUCAGCAAGUGCGUAGAGGACGACUCUCAUCUACUGAUCAACUCUUCCAACAAGUUUCUGAAUCAGUCCUUUGAGAACCUGGUGGACGACAACAACUUUGGCCUGGUCCACAAGUUCCGCAGGGAUCCGUACGUGACCACGCUGGGCCGCUUCUCCAAAGUCACCAACUACAUUUGCGACGCCUUCCGGGGGACAGAGGAGCAGCACCGGCGCCCCCCGGAGGAGGUGGCCCACCUCCUGGGCGAGGUCAUCCCGGUCCUGGAGAUCAACCAGCAGGAGGAGCCGGGCUUUGAGGUCGUCACCAGGUGUGCACACCAGGUGGAGCUCGGGACGCGGCCGCAGGUAUGGCGAAGCGCGCCCGUGUCUGCGGAGGUGUGGAAUGGACAUCAGGACCAGAACGGGCGCUUGAUGCACAUCAGUAGGCUCAAAGAGUCCAUCUUCAGGGGGGGUUUGUGUCAUGCGGUGAGGAAAGAAGCCUGGAAGUUUCUUUUGGGGUACUUUCCCUGGAGCAGCACGUUGGACCAGAGGAAAAGUCUGCAGAGAAGCAAAACGGACGAAUAUUUCCGCAUGAAGUUGCAGUGGAAGUCGGUGAGCGAGGAGCAGGAGAGAAGGAAUUCGCGACUUCGAGACUACAGGAGUCUGAUCGAGAAGGACGUCAACCGGACAGACAGAAGCAAUCGGUUCUACGAGGGGAUGGACAACCCGGGUCUGGUCCUCCUGCACGACAUCCUCUUGACUUACUGCAUGUACGACUUCGACCUGGGAUACGUGCAGGGCAUGAGCGACCUGCUGUCGCCAAUCGUCUUUGUCAUGGAGAACGAGGUGGAUGCUUUCUGGUGUUUUGUCUCCUUCAUGGACCACAUGCACCAGAACUUUGAGGAGCAGAUGCAGGGGAUGAAGACUCAGCUUAUCCAGCUUAGUACUCUGCUCAGGCUGCUGGAUCCAUCCUUCUGCAACUAUCUCGAAUCUCAGGAUUCUGGUUAUCUUUAUUUCUGCUUCCGCUGGCUGCUCAUCCACUUCAAGAGAGAGUUCUCCUUCCAUGACGUCCUCAGGCUGUGGGAGGUGAUGUGGACCGGCCUGCCCUGUCAGAACUUCCAUCUUCUGCUCUGCUGCGCCAUCUUGGACUCUGAGAAGAGCAAAAUAAUGGAGGAGAGGUUUGGCUUCAAUGAGAUCCUCAAACACGUGAACGAGCUCUCCAUGAAGCUGGAUGUUGAAGAAAUCCUUCAGAAGGCAGAAAGCAUCUGGCUGCAGAUCAGCAAGUGUCAGGGCCUGCCUCAGUCUGUGGUCAAGAUAAUGGCGUUGGACUCAGAAUCUCGCGGUAGCUGCGACUUAAGCGGGCGCCCAGAGACGCCCGCGGUGUCGUCGUCAUCCGCGGUGGGAGUGUUGCAUCGAGAGGAACGCGCCUGCGCCAACUCCAACGGACACUUGAGAGCCAUGGACUGUCAGCAUCUCAGCGAAGUUGCCUUCAUGUCGUAGCCAAGAUUCUUAUUUUUCUACCACGUGCACGAUUGUCCUCUGUGACGCUGGACAGGAAGUAGCCAGGACCAGUUUCUGAAGGAAAAGACGUUUUUGUUUUGUUUUGUUUGUUUUUUUAGCACGCGGGUCGUCAUCGUCGUAUUCACAGCAGAUGUAAACAUACAAUAUAUCUUUGACUGGUUUGACGCAUAAAAAAACCUUUUCUUCUC